CACCGCCUUAUAAUUUGUUUGGAUGUGGAAAAGCCAUUAUUUAUUUAUGAAGCCUCCUCGCUUGCUCUGCUCUCCCAACAUUAACAAAAUCCUCGGAUAUUGGCUCUUCUUACAACUUCCUAAACACAUCUCCUUUCCUCCGUAUCUUCUCUUUCUCUCUUUCCCUGCUUGCAUUCUCCACUUCCACUAGACCUUAAACAGACAAAAAAAUGCCUGCUGAUUCCGGCGACAGGCGCCCGGCUCGGGUCCCGGCGACCAUGGGGUCGCAAUCACCGGUCAAACUCUCCGACCCGCUGCCGUGUCCCAGGUGUGAUUCGACCAGCACCAAGUUCUGUUACUACAACAACUACAAUCUCUCCCAGCCUCGCUACUUCUGUAAGUCGUGCCGCCGUUACUGGACUCAGGGCGGCACACUCCGUAACGUUCCCGUCGGUGGUGGGACCCGCAAGGUUUCCAAGCGUUCCCGGAGCUCUUCCGGGCCAUCUCCAUCCAUGGCGACUUCGUCUUCCUGGAGCGUUACCCAGGAAGCCGAGUCCGUCCAUAUGGCUAUCAAUAACGCUGUUUCGGCGGCAGGAGCUAAACCGGAAGUGGGUUUGGCCGACGUGAAUCUGAACGAAACCGUGGAUAUUACCGUGAAUGGAGGCUUCACUUCGUUCUUGAACUCCCAGGGAGAAGAGUACCUAACACUAGGUGGAUACGGGCUGGGGGCUGGUUCUGGAUUCGAAGGGGUCUGGGGAUACACCGGUAAUGGUUUUCUCGGUGGUUAUAGUGGCGGCGAUGGCGAUGAAGCAGGCGAUGGUGUUGGUGGAACCACCGGAUGUAAUACAUGGCAAGCAGCAAGCAAUGUUGAAGGCGGCGGAGGGCUGAUUGAUGGGGAUUGCUUCGCUUGGCCAGGCCUUGCAAUUUCUGCGCAAGGGAAAGGUUUGAAGUGAAAAAGGGCUUUUCACGUGUUUGUUUUCUUCCUAUUGGUUUAGCGUUUUCCAGUUUGAUGGUUAGUGGUGUUUGUCGUUUUGAUUGUGAAGUUUUAGUUGUCUUUCGUGGGUAUAGAAUAGUUUCAAGUUUAUGUAAAUGUAUGGUGUCCUUGAUCAAUAUUGGGAAUGGAAUGAAACAGUUUAUUUCCGUUGAGCCAA